AUGGACCCUCCCGACUCCUAUCUCACGCCCCUCUCCAAGCUCCGCAUCUCUAAACACCAAAUUCCAGCUCACAACCUCAUCCCCAACUCGUCCCUCCACUCCAAGCCCCUCAUCAUCUACCACUCCGCCUUUGUCCCUGCAGACGCCUCCGCGGACCGGAUCGAAUCGCACGUCUGCAAGAUUGGCGUCGUCACCCCGCAAUGGCGCUAUACAAUGUAUGACACCACGCACUUCCACAGUACAACUCACGAGGUGCUGUGCGUCACGGCCGGCCGUGCGAGGCUCUGUUUUGGAGGCGAGCACAACCCUGGGCGUGUAGAAUCCGUCGUCGGGCGAGGAGAUGUGAUUGUAGUUCCUGCAGGCGUGGGCCACCGUCUGCUUGAUGACAUGGAUGGCGAUCAUUUUUUGAUGGUUGGAUGCUACCCAAAUGGUGCCAACUGGGACAUGUGCUACGGCAGCCAAGAUGAAGAGUCCAAAAUAAGCAACAUCAAGAAUCUACCCUGGUUUAGCAAGGACCCCAUCUAUGGUGACCAAGGGCCCGUGUUGAAUACGUGA